AGCUAGCUGGGGUUCAUGCUGUCCUCCCUCUUUUCAGCCAUCCGGGUGACCUGUACUGGUUCCUGUGGGGUCUCUAACAAGGCCAAUGAUGGAGCAUGGGUGGUGGAGGAAAGCUACUUCAACAGCUCCCUGUCGCUGGCUGACAAGGGGAACCUGACUGCUGGAGAGCACAGCUUCCCUUUCCAGUUCCUGCUUCCCACCACAGCACCCACAUCCUUUGAGGGGCCUUUUGGGAGGGUUGUGCAUCAGCUCAAAGCCACCAUCGACACCCCACGUUUUUCUAAGGAUCACAAGUGCAGCCUCGUGUUCUAUGUCCUGAGCCCACUAAACCUGAACAGCAUCCCAGACAUUGAGCAACCCAACGUGGCCUCUGCCACCAAGAGGUUCUCCUACAAGCUGGUGAAGACGGGCAGCGUGGUCCUCACGGCGCGCACUGACCUCCGCGGCUAUGUUGCGGGGCAGGUGCUGCGGCUGCAGGCGGAUAUCGAAAAUCAGUCGGGCAAGGACACCAGCCCUGUGGUGGCCAGUCUGCUACAGAAAGUGUCCUAUAAGGCCAAGCGCUGGAUCUACGACGUGCGGACCAUCGCGGAAGUGGAGGGCGCGGGGGCGAAGGCCUGGAGGCGAGCUGAGUGGCGAGAGCAGAUCCUGGUGCCCGCCCUGCCCCAGUCGGCCCUGCCGGGCUGCAGCCUCAUCCACAUCGACUACUACCUGCAGGUCGCCCUGAAGGCGCCCGAGGCCACCGUGAUGCUCCCGCUCUUCGUCGGCGAUAUUGCUGUGAACCGGGCCCCGCCUGGGGCCUCCUCCCCGGCGGUGCCCUCGGCGCCUCCCCAGGAGGAGGCCGAAGCUGUGGCCGGGGCCCCCCCCGCCCUGGACCCAGUCUCCCUCUCUUCCAAGAGCCGCUCCCAGCCGCCUGCCCCGGCGCCCGCCGCGGACGGCCGCCCCGGCGCCCUGCGCGUCUCCCCGGGGGCCGCCGGCCCCCACUUCGCGGAAGCCUGCGGCGGCCCCGUGCCGGCCGGCAGCGCCCUGGCCCUCCCCCCGGAGUACGGCUCCUGGGGCUACCUCUACGGGGGGCCGGAGCCCCGGGACGCCCCCUUAGACCGCGCUCUCCCCGCAGAGGCCCCGCCGUCCUACGAGCAGAGCUGCCUGACCCGGGGAGCCGACCCUUGAACCCUGACCUCACCGCACGCUGCCUUCUCCGGCGGGCCUGGCCUCUGCCCUGGGACGGCCCCAGGGCCUCGUGCCUUCCUUCUCGGCCCGGCCCGGCCCUCAG